UGCAGGCCCGCUCCCCUCCUCGCCCCUCUCCCCUCUCCUGGAACGAGUGCCUGAGGAUUAAGAAGCAGGGAGGCUGGACUAGAGGACCACAGGAUUGGGAUUGGGAUUGGAGGGCACGGGCAGGACUGGAUUAUUGUUAUGCUGCUGCAGACACCAGACUGGACUGCAAGAAACAGGCUGUUGUGUACUGGAAUUUGUGGCUAUGUUAGACUCGUGGACUCUGGAGCCAGAGUUAUAAAAAUAACUGGAGCAAGAAUCAAAACUACUAAAUACUAAAGAACAGGGUGUUUUUUGGCUGCACUGGGGAUACUGGGACCAUUGAGACUGGUGGUGCAGUCACUCAGCAGACAAGCUUUCUCUGUGCCUGAUGACCUCAGUCCAGAAGAGAGACAGGAGCUGGAAAGCAUCCGCCGCAGAAAACAAGAGCUGCUGCAUGACAUACAAAGGCUGAAGGAUGAGAUAGCAGAGGUGACCAAUGAGAUUGAGAACCUGGGCCUGACUGAAGAGAGGAAAAGCAUGCAGAGGAAUAAACAGAUGGCCAUGGGCCGUAAGAAGUUCAACAUGGACCCCAAGAAGGGGAUUCGCUUCUUGAUUGACAGCUCCCUGCUGAAAAACACCAGCGAUGACAUCGGCCAAUUUCUCUACAAGGGCGAGGGGCUUAAUAAAACGGCUAUUGGCGACUACCUUGGGGAGAGAGAUGACUUCAACAUCGAGGUUCUGCACGCCUUCCUGGAAUUACACGAGUUCUCGGACUUGAACCUGGUUCAGGCUCUCAGGCAGUUCCUGUGGAGCUUCAGGCUGCCUGGUGAGGCUCAGAAGAUCGACCGCAUGAUGGAGGCGUUCGCCCAGCGAUACUGUCGCUGUAACCCCGGAGUGUUUCAGAGCACAGACACCUGUUACGUGUUGUCGUUUGCUGUGAUCAUGUUGAACACCAGCCUACACAACCCUAACGUGAAGGACAAACCCUCCGUUCAGAGAUUCACAGCGAUGAACAGAGGCAUCAAUGAUGGAGGCGAUCUGCCGGAGGAGCUACUAAGGAACCUGUACGACAGCAUCAAGAAUGAACCCUUUAAGAUCCCAGAGGAUGAUGGGAACGACCUCACACACACCUUCUUCAACCCAGACAGAGAAGGAUGGCUGCUGAAACUCGGAGGUGGACGAGUUAAGACCUGGAAGAGACGCUGGUUUAUUCUCACAGAUAACUGCCUCUACUACUUUGAAUACACGACUGAUAAGGAACCCAGAGGAAUUAUUCCACUGGAAAACCUGAGUAUCAGAGAAGUUGAUGACUCCAAGAAGCCGAACUGCUUUGAGCUCUACAUCCCGGACCACAAGGAUCAGGUGAUCAAGGCCUGCAAGACGGAGGCAGACGGCCGCGUGGUCGAGGGCAACCACACUUUUUACAGAAUCUCCGCCCCGACCACAGAGGAGAAGGAAGAAUGGAUCAACAGCAUCAAAGCUGCCAUCAGCAAAGACCCGUUCUAUGAGAUGCUGGCUGCUCGGAAGAAGAAGGUCUCGUCUCUGAAGGGGCUGUAGAGCUGCUGAGGAUUAAACAUUUCUUUACUUAAUGCAGCUGCUUGGAUGUGGACCUGAUACUCUCGCUGCUGCAGUGGACCUGGACACUUGGACCUGCCACAGAGGAUACAGCUUUUGAAGAAGCUCACCCACAGGUUUGACCUUAUGUUCAUAGUUUCAUUUCCCGUCUGGAGAUGAAAUGAAUCAGUCAUAGACCUCUUUUUUUUAAUCCUCAAACACCUCCUUUUGAACACUCUACUCCUGCAGUACUGUGUCAAUGCCGUGCCCUGUGGUUAGGACUCCCACUCUUAAAAUCAGCUGUUGAAAUGUGUCACUUCAGUGCCGCUCCACACGGACCGUGUUUGUGCUGAUGUGGUACAACGAGUCUCUACAGCUACUCAAACAUUUAAUUGGAUGGAAAAUAAAACAAGAGAGCUGGGAGUAUGUAACACUUACUAAAACAAGAAUUAAGUUUGUUCAUAGUUGAACAUGAGGUGAGAAAAAGACAGAAGUGGUUUUUGCACUUUUCAGACGUGUGUGUGGGGGGGCAGCUGAUGGAGAAAUCACAGCGUACAUUAAUGUGAUUCAGAUACAUUUCAGAAGAGCCUAAAAACACUUUCAGUUAAGUUUCCAAUCUCUAUUGAUCAGUUGAGCUCGGUUUUUCCAGACAGGGAUUAAACCUCGUCCUCCAAUAAAAACACUUGAAGAAGAAGAGACCUACUGUAAAACACAUUAAGUGCAGGACUGAUCGCAUCUGGGACGCUGGACUGUUUUGUUUAGUCUGAUUUGCCAUAAAAAUGCUUUUUUCUAAGCCUGUUUUCUUAUUGCUGUUGGUCUUCUGUCAAAGUACUGUUAAUGAAAAUGAAGGUAAUGCAUAAAUAGCUAAAUAUUUAUUUAUCCAGAAUUCUUGUAAUUUAUUGUAAAGUUUUGUCUCAUUAAAAGGUUUGUAAACCAA